UUUCUCGCUUUGCAAGUUGCCGACAGCAGCCCCCCCGUGCACAGCGCGGCGGAGCAGGCGCGCUGUCCCGGCGGGCAGGGCGCGCUUCCCCCGCGCCCCGCGGCGCGGCGCGCUGGGCCCCGGCCGCGGACAGACGGACAGACGGACGGGCAGACAGGCUUACGGGCUCUCGCCACCUGCCCGCGGUCCCGGUGCCGCGGGCCGGGCGAUGCGGGCGCGGCGGCCGCCCGGCCGCCCGCGAUGUUCGGGGCGGGCAGGCACAGCAUCCCGCGGCCCGUCACCAGGAACCUGGAGGACCUGGACUCGGUGCAGAGCGUCCUGCUGCACAGUGACCUUGAGCCCGAGUGGUUGGAUAGUGUGCAGAAAAAUGGAGAAUUAUUUUAUUUAGAAUUAAGUGAAAGUGAAGAAGAAGUUCUGCUUCAGAACAGCUGUCCAGAAAUGCCAGCAGUGAAUCAUGUCAGGUUUCGUGAAAAUGAAGCUGAAAUCAUUCAAGAGGGAUCACGAAAGGAAAGAAAGUAUGAACUGAAGAAAUGGACCAAAAUGCUGAAAAAGAAGAGUCUUCUACCAAAGAGUUCUGGUAAGAAAGGCAGUGGAAGCUGCAAUGAGCACCCCUCUGGUCCUACUUCCAUAUUGAAGCACCGGUCUGCUCAGAAAAUGGGUGUGACUGUCCAGCAAAAGUACAAAGAUGUGUCUGUUUAUGUAAAUCCCAGAAAACUCCACAGUGCUGGGGAAGAAGAGCAGCAGAGGCUGCUGGAGGCCUUAGUAGGGAUUGUCCAUCAGUCUUCAUGGAGCAGCAGAAGAGUGGAAAAACAAGGCAGGAAGGAAAAAGGCACCAGAGGAGCCAGUGAAGAGAAGCUUGUGGUACAUGGCUUGGUGCCAGGUAGUUCUGCAAUGAAAACAGGUCAAAUCCUGAUUGGAGAUGUUCUUGUUGCUGUAAAUGAUGUCGAUGUGAAUUCUGAAAACAUAGAGAGGGUCUUGUCUUGCAUUCCAGGUCCUAUGCAGGUUAAACUGACAUUUGAGACCUCAGUAUUUGAGCCUGAAGGGACCUUUGAGCAAAGGAACAAACAGACACAGUCAAGUAUGAACAACCUGGUUCGGCUCCUGUGGGGAGAGGACACUUUGGACCUUCAGCAGGAUGUGCCUCACAUUGUCAUGUUCCUCACACUGAAACUGGACUCGGAGACAUCCAAGGAUGAGCAAGAAAUUAUUUAUCAGUACCCCAUAUCUGAAGCAUCCCAAAAACUGAAAAGUGUGAGAGGGAUAUUUCUCACACUGUCUGACAUACUGGAAAGUGUUACUGGUACCGAGAUUAUCAGUUCUUCCCUUUUCUUAUGUGAAAAACUGGUCCAAGUUGUUUACUGGAAAGAAUCUGACAAGUUGCUCGUAAUUGGCCUUCCUGAAGAAAAUGUGCCACUUUCUCAUCUGAGGAACAUGAUUCAAAAUGUUGUCAGGACCUUGACAUUCAUGUACAGUUCCUUGGACAGUGCUUUUUGCCAGGUGGAAAAUUUUUCUCGCCUGGAUCAUUUUUUCAACCUGUUCUUCCAACGUGCCCUUCAUCCUGCAAGGCUGCAGCCUGGCAGCAGCCCCAGUGCCCAGCACCAGGAUCCCUGCAGUGCCCUGUUCCCGGGCAGCCUCCCCGGCCUGCGCUGGCUGACGCUGCCCCACCAGGUCAAGAUGGAAAUUGACACAGCACUGAGUGAUCUGGAAGCAGCUGACUUUGCAGAGCUGUCUGAAGAUUAUUAUGACAUGAGAAGAUUAUAUGUGAUCCUGGGCUCUUGCCUCUUUUACAAGGGCUACUUGAUUGGUAAUCACUUGCCCAAGGAAGACCUCCUUGAUGUGGGUUUCUAUUGCCAGCACUACUGUCUGUUAGCUGUGGCAGCAGAGCAGAGGAUUGGGCAGUUAGUGAUUUGGAGGGAAGUGUUCCCACAGCAUCACCUCCAGCCCAGUGAGGAGUCCAGUUGCACAGGAUACAGGGAGCCUGAAGCAAGAUACUUCUUACUGAUAGUUGGCUUGAGACACUUUGUCCUGUGUGUCCUGCUGGAGGCAGGGGGCUGUGCAUCCAGAGCUAUUGGGAACCCAGGACCAGACUGUAUCUAUGUAGACCAGGUCAAAGCAACCAUACUCCAGCUGGAAGGAAUAGACGCCAGCAUCGAGGAAAGGCUGGAUUCUCCCUCCAUCCCACCUUUAGCCUGUGCUGACUGGUUCCUUCCUGCAGCACGGGACAGACUGGAGAGCUUGAGCACCUCACCAAUGCUGAGCAAGCUCCAGGGCUCCUGCAAAGCUGUGAGCAGUGCAGGGAGCAGGAGGAGCCUCUCUGGGGACACCUCUCACACGCCACGGAGGCAGAGCCCCCCGAGGAGCAGCGAGGGGCCCGUGGAGCAGGAGAGCACCAACCCACAGCCUGUGCUGGAGCAGGCCACUCGGAAAAAACACACCCUGCCAAACCCAUUUCAUUCAGGAAACCUGAAAAAAAACUCUUCAGAGAAAGAUACAGAACUUCCUUAUGCUAUGAAGUUGACAUCUGGUCCUGAGAACACCCUCUUCCACUAUCUGUUUUUGGAGACAAUGCAAGGAAUCUUCAUUACUCCAACUCACAAAGAAGUAGCCCAGCUCGGUGGCUCCAUCCACCCUCAGUUAAUUGAGAAUUUCUACCAGUGCUGCCUUUCAAUCCGUUCCAUUUUCCAGCAGUCCAUGAGGAAAGAGAAAAAGAAGAAGUCAGGCAGUGGGAUUUCAGAAUUCAGCAAGGCAGCUGAGGACCCAGGUCUGGUAAGAGAACAUGGACUUCUGUUUGAGUGCUCUCCUGAAAACUGGACUGACCAGAAGAAACCACCACCAACAAUGAACUACUGGGUUGUGGGGAGACUCAUUCUCCAUCCCAGACCUCAGGAGUGUUACGUGUGUUUCCAUGACUCGGUGACAGAAGCUGCUGUGGAGCUGGCCUUUAAACUCUCCUUUGGCUUAGCUGCAUAGAUGAGCUUCCUGCACACUCAGGCAUCCUGCAUGGUGUUCAUUCUUUAAAAUAUCCCAUAUAAAGGGAAAUGAACUCAAUUUGGGUGCCACCCAUGGGGCAUCUUUGAAAUGCUUUAAAAAAAUCAAAUACCUUGUGGUACGACGCAGUUAAAAUUUCAGUGGUGCUUCUGAUGAGCUCAUCAAUUGUGUACUUAAUUUCAGAGAACCAAAGUUCUGAUUUUUAUAUGCUGUCACUUUUUUUUUAAAUCCUGGUCAUAACUUUGUUAUAUGAAAACACCACAUAAUUUGUAUGUUCAGUGUACAAUAUGCAACAUAAAAUGGUAAGCUGAUCCUCAAAGUACUCUAUAAACAUGGAAAUUGGUGGUGGAGGAAAAAAAAAUUUCUCCAGUUUACUUAAAAAUUUGCAUCUCUGAGAGCCUGAAAAAUACUGAAUGUUUGCAGUAGCAUUGUGUUAAUCAAAACAGAGAGAAAUCUUUCAGACAAUUCCUGGCACUUAGCCUCACAAAACUAAUGGUUUACCAUUUUUGCUCUCCUGCACCCUCGAGAACUAUAGUGUGGUUGAUGUUUUACUUGACUCCAUGAGUUUUAACUAUAAAUAAUACUUAUAUUUGUUAAAAUGCAAUUUUGAAGACACAAAGAAAGAAGGGGGGUGGGCAGGGUGGUUUUAAGAUGUGCAU